ACAUUGGAUCUGUUGUGCAUUUUCUCUGAUAAAAAACACUGUUGUCUGUUUUAGAUCGUUAGGUGAAAAUUUUCAAAGAUUAAAAUGCUUUGUUUAAUGUAAAAAUUAAUGAUUUGUUCAAACGUGUAUAUAGUGAAGACAGAAUGUCGGUAUUCUUCGUGAAUACUAACCAGGACAGCGAAGUUGAAGGGGACUCGAACGGGGAUUUACAAAUUGCAUCACCUGGCAGUUCGGAAGCCCAACAAAACUUAAUUCAAUUUUGGCCAAAGGUUACGGAAGAAAUAAAAAAAAUUAGGACCAUAGAUCAAAAAACUCAAUCUCUACCACUAGCUAGGAUAAAAAAGAUCAUGAAGUUGGAUGGCGAUGUUAAAAUGAUAAGCGCGGAGGCUCCAAUGUUAUUUUCUAAAGCGGCAGAAAUCUUUAUUCACGAGCUUACUCUCAGAGCAUGGGUUCACACCGAAGAUAAUAAAAGGCGUACACUUCAGAGGAACGACAUAGCGAUGGCAAUAACGAAAUACGAUCAGUUUGAUUUUCUUAUCGAUAUUGUUCCUAGAGACGAAUUGAAGCAAAGCAAAGCACAAACAGAAAGCACAGUGCGCACGUCCAUGAACUCGGAUCAAGUUCAUUAUUACUUUCAGUUAGCGCAGCAACAAGCUUCGGCGAAUCAAAACGUACAAAAUAAUGGCACGGCCACGCAACCUAUACAAAUUGUACAACCUUCGACGGGACAAAUACAAACGAUUAACAUUGGUAGUCCUGUGGAACAGGAAACAUCUAACGCGAGUACAACUCAAACCGUCACUGUGCAAAGUCCGCAGCAAUCGUCGGGCCAACAAAUAAUUCAGUUACAACAGGCGCAACAAACUCCAUCUUCUCAGACUGGAGGAAUUCAAAUUGUACAACAAAUUGUAACUCCCACUGGGGAAAUACAACAGAUACCUAUCCAGUUGACUCCUCAGCAACUACAAAUGAUACGCAUGCAGGUUCAAGGAGGUAGCAAUCAGCCUAUCAUAAUCCAGACCGCUCCCAUUCAAACUCAACCACAACUCAUACAAGUCGCGCAGGGUGCACAGGCGCCAGUUUUCUUACAGACCAGUGCCGCCGAUAACGAGUAACAAUAACAUAUAGUUUUAACUAAUAUUUAACUCUUUGCGCUGAAACCCCGAGAUAUUUCUGGUACGAGUGAACAGGUAAGCUGUAUUUAACAAGUGAACUCUAUUUCUGAACGCAACUUACUCGUUACUGUUGUGCUACAUGCAAGUUCUCUUACAAUUCGCUUCAUAAGCUGUGCAUAUGAAGUAUGUAUAAAGAAAGAGAGAGAGAGAGAGAGAGAGAGAGAGAGAGAGAGAGAGAGAGAGAGAGAGAGAGAGAGAAAUCUUUGGGAGAUGCUUAAUCGAUAGGAGGGGCAAAGUUUCCGGGCAAUAAUCGAUCGAAAGUACGUCACUCGCUGUACGAGCAAAAAUCAUUACGACCAACAGGGUAGCCAGAGGAAAAAGUAUUAAUGACAGCAAAGAGUUAAUUAUUACUCAAAGUAUCAGGUUAAAUGGUUAAUAUAAGAUUGUAUGAUAACGAAUAAAAUCUUUUGUAAAUUA